AAGAUAAUACAGUACUGUAUACAGUAUUUGACGUUGCUACGUUUGCAGCUUUCCCGACUUCGUAACUUUUGUCCUCUUGCGUCGCUCCUUUUGAACCAGACUUUAGUCUAACACAUUAUUUGCCGCGCUUGGUUGCACUGCAAUCACAUGAGUUAGCGGAGCCAACGCAGGCGCGCAGCGCUCAGAAAACAUCCAUGGCCUCCGAGAGCGACGACGAGCAACUCGGAUUGCUGAAAGCUGCUCUUGGCGGCAGCGACCAGGAGGCGGUGGUCGACAGCGACCCCGGCAGUGACCCGGAGCGCGACUACUCCAAGGGCCUUGCGCAGCGGGCCACCGACCCGUACUUUAAACAGCGCAAGGCGAAGGGCGCAUUUGUGUACGUGAAGCAGGCCAACAAGACGGGUCGCCACUUCUACGUGAACGAGGAAGUGGACAGGCUCAAAGCCAAGCGCGAUGCAGACAAGAUACGCGAGCUACUAAAACGCAACAACUUCCAGAUAACGGGCGUUGUUAACAUUGGCGGGCACGAGCAGGGCUUAGCUCCACUGGAAUACGCAUUUGAGGCCGAAGCUGAGGGCGAGGGCCGUGGCCCCGGAGCCGACAACGCCAGCGAGGUGAUGGUCACCGCUUCACCCAAGGAGAAGGAGAAGAAGCAGGAGAGGGAGCGUGCCGUGGGCGAGAAGGAGAAGCACCGCGACAAGGACAAGGACCGGGAUCGCAAGCGGAGCAAGAGCCGUGACAAGGACAAGGACCGGGAGCGCGGUCGCAGCAAGAGCAAGGGGCGGGACAAGGACAAGAAGAAGGACAAGGAGAAAGAGCCGAAGAAGAGCAAAUCCAAGUCCAAGAAGAAGCAGGACCGUGGUGGCAGCAGCAGCCGCAGCCGCUCUCCCUCGCCCGCUGGCUCCAGCCGCAGCAGCAGCAAGAGCAGUAAGAGCAGCCGCAGCAGCAGCAGCAGUAGCGAGCGGGACUCGGGCGAGAAGAAGGACAAGAAGAAGAAGGACAAGAAGGGCCAGAAGGACAAGAGGAAGAAGAAGGGCAAGGAGCGGUCACGCAGCCGCUCCUCCUCGCCGUCGUCAGCGGAGGCAGCACGGCACGAGCGGCGGCGGCAGCCGGAUGAUGAAAGGCGCAAGGCACGGCGCAGCAAGAGCCGGCAUCAUGCCGAUGGCGAGCGCGAUGGUGGUGGCCACCGCAGCAAGAGCCGGCGAUCACACCGGCGGCGGCACUCGUCGGCUGACGGCCACGAAACCGCCUCCUCGCUGCCCAGUGAGCCGGCGACCGUCAGCAGCCGCAGCAGCCGGCCCACGCCUGUCAGCACCCCGCGCAGCCGUGACGAUCGCCGCCACGGCAGUCGCAGCCGGCACCGCAAGGACAAGGGCCGCGGGAAAGGCGACGGCAGCAGCCGGCACAGGCGCCGCCAUGACGGCCGCAGCGCCAGCCCCAGCCUUAGCAGCAGCGACGGCGAGCGCGAGCGGCGGCGGCGGGCGGAGCGGCGGGAGCGGGAGCGCUCCAAGCGGCGUGGCGGCAGCCGGUCGCGGCACAGGGGUGGCAGCCGGGACAGGGACCAUGAUGAUGGCAAGGAGCGGCACCGGCGGCGUGAUGGCAGCAGGCGCCGCCAGAGCCCCUCGCGUAAGCGUAGCAGCAGCCGGCGCCGCCACGAUGAGCGCCCAAGUCAUAAAGACGGCGGCCGCCGCAGCCACAGCCGCCGCCACCGCGACCGCGACGCCUCGCCGCACCGCAGCCGGAGCCGGGGCGGUGAGCGUGACCGAGAUGGCAAGCGCAGGGAGCGGCGGGAGCGCAGUGGCGGCCGCCGGCAUGAGCGCGACCCCCGCGCCCUAGAGCGGGAGCACCGCAGCCUUGAACGGGAGCACCGCAGUCGCGAGCGCGACCACCGCAGUCGCGAGCGGGAGUUUCGCAGCCGCGAAAGGGAGCUGCGCAGCCGGGAGCGGGAGGGCAAGCUGGCGCGCCGUGAGCGGCGCGACCGCAGCCGCAGCCGUCGCGGCGAGGAGGGCGGUGGCGGUGGUGGCGGUGGUGAUGCCAGCCGCAGCCGGCGGAAGGCCGCUGCCGCCGCUUCGGCGGAGCCGGCCGAGCCGGCGGAGGCUCCGCUAAGCAAGACGCAGAAGCUGAAGACCAAGACGGGCAACAUCAAAGCCAAGAAGGUCAUCGGCAGGGGCGAUGGGUUUCCCAUGCCCGGCACCACUACCGAGGAGGACGAUGACGACUCCGAUGACGGCGGUGGCAAAGGCGGCAUGUUGGGUGCGGUUGAGGAGGCGGCUGCCGAGGGGGCGGACCUGGAUCGCGAGGAGCGCGCCAGCCGCACCAGCAAGGGCUCGGCCAGGGGCAGCCACCACGGCGGCGGUGAGCAUGCGUCCAAGCCGCGCGCCAAGAAGGCCAGCGGCGGCGAGGGCGGCGACGAUGCCGAUGACGGGGAGGUGGAGCCGUGGAUGCGGCCGGCCAAGGACGUGGUGCGGAAGAUGGCGGCAGGCGAAGACGACGCCAGUGAUGGUGCAGACACGCCGCGUGCGUGGAAGCCCAUCAUGAGCCGCCAGGGCAGCACCCGUUCGCAGGCCAGCACCAAACAAGCUGCCGCUGCGCGGCCGCCUCCCGGCCCAGCGCCCUCAGCGCCAGCACCGGCCCCGGCACCAGCACAAGCUGCCGAGCAUGCACCUGCACCACCGCCCGUGGCGCCACCAGCACUAUCGCCCGCGGCGCCGCAGGCGGCGGUGCUGGCGCCGCCGCCUGCACCACCGCCAGCACCUCCGCCAGCACCUCCGCCCGCGGCGCCGCCAGCACCACCGCCCGCGGCGCCGCCCGCACCUCCGCCCGUGGCGCCGCCAGCACCACCGCCAGCACCACCGCCAGCACCUCCGCCCGCGGCGCCGCCAGCACCACCGCCCGCGGCGCCGCCAGCACCUCCGCCAGCACCUCCGCCCGCGGCGCCGCCCGCACCACCGCCAGCACCACCGCCCGCGGCGCCGCCAGCACCUCCGCCCGCGGCGCCGCCCGCACCACCGCCAGCGGCGCCGCCAGCACCACCGCCAGCGGCGCCGCCCGCACCACCACCAGCACCACCGCCAGCGGCGCCGCCCGCACCACCGCCCGCGCCCGCACCAUCGCCAGCACCACCGCCCGCGGCGCCGCCCGCGUACACACCACCACCGCUGGCUCCCGAGGCGCUGCCUUCCACACCCACGCCGCCACCCGCGCCGCCUCAUAUGGGUGGCAGCUUCGCCUUCCCGACAGCGUAAUGCAAUGCGCAGUGUUGCAGUGUGUAACCCUCACUUGUGGCGACAGCGCCUCGAAGUUUCUGAACCUUGGACACUGCAUUAGGCUGGUAUGCUGGAGCAUGGUGCCGACACAUAGGACUGAGGAAUUCCAGUCUUAAUGGUUGUCUGUCUGAACCGACAGUCUCAUGACGGUUGUCUACAUGAGGGGACGGUGCGUUUGCGGAAAGCGCUUCGUCACGGUUAGCUGAUAGAGAUUACAUGUGGGACGACAGCCGUGGACGGUUAGCCCUCUGUGAAUCUGUGGGGUUUCGGGAGCCCCCGUGGAGCUGGAAGCCAAUUCGGAAACUUGUAAUAUCAUGCACGU